AUGGUUGGCUGGCUGAGUGCUGAUUGGCUCGUCGAAAUUGGCCAAUCAGGGCCCUGCUGGCACGCCGAUGUUCCCACUUCCCAGUGGGGCAGACAGCAUGGCGAGCCUUUUCAGACGAGGUUUUCAGACCCUCGAACACCCGUCGCUAGGCCCUCAGACUCACGCAUCCUUGAUACAUUAGCCGGCUGGCGAGCUUUUGCCCGGUUUUUGCCCGGUUUUUACGUGGACUCGAGACAUUCAGCCUUUGGUGAUUUUGCACGGUUAGGCUCAUCGUGGCGGCCGAGCUCGCGUCCAUUGCUGCCAGCCUCUUUCACCAACCGACUCGCAGUUGUCAGCUUCACGGUGUCAGGAUAG